AUGGCCGCCAUGGCAGCACGUCCUUCGAGACCACCACAUCCGGAAUCGAGCCUCAGCGGCAUGCCUACCUCUUUGUUGACCGGCGACCAUGAUACGUACCAAAACCCCCUCAAUUCGAGGUACUGCUCCCCGGAGAUGAAGUUCAUCUUCUCUCCACGAAACCGCUUCAGCACUUGGCGACAGCUAUGGGUCCACCUGGCAGAGUCAGAAAAGGAACUCGGUCUGCCCAUCUCCGACUCAGCAAUCCAACAACUCAAAGACCACGUCCGCAUUGAAGACGACGAGUUCGGUGCCGCCGCCACCGAGGAGAAGCGCCGUCGUCACGAUGUCAUGGCCCACGUCCACACGUACGGCAUUGUUGCGCCGGAGGCGGCGGGUAUUAUCCAUUGGGGUGCGACUUCAUGCUAUGUGACCGACAACGCGGAUUUGAUCUUCCUGCGGGAUGCGCUGAACAUCGUGCUGCCGAAACUGGCGGCGGUGAUUCAGCGGUUGGCGGCAUUUGCGAUUGAGUACAAGGACUUGCCUUGUCUUGGGUAUACCCACGGCCAGCCUGCUCAGCUUGUCACGGUCGGCAAGCGUGCCAGUCUGUGGAUUACGGAUCUCCUUCGCAACCUCCGCAACCUCGAGAAGCAGCGCGAUGAGGUUCUUCAUUCGUUCCGCGGUGUCAAGGGAACGACUGGAACCCAAGCCAGCUUUCUUGCCAUCUUCAAGGGCAAGCACGAGCUGGUGGAUGAGCUCGAUGAACUUGUCACCAAGAAGGCUGGAUUCGCAGAGGCCGAGAUAUCCACUAGCCAGACAUACUCCCGUCUGAUUGACGUCGAUGUCCUUCACGCGUUGAGCUCGUUCGGCUGUGCCUGCGAACGGAUAGGUGGCGACAUCAGACAUCUGGCCAUGUUCAAGGAAGUCGAGGAACCCUUCGAGGCUGACCAGAUCGGAUCAAGUGCCAUGGCCUACAAGCGCAACCCCAUGCGUUCGGAGAGAUUGUGCUCGUUGGGGAGGAAGCUCCACAACUUCAGCGCGGAUGCUGAGCAGACGUAUGCUUCGCAAUGGCUGGAGCGAAGCUUGGAUGACUCGGCUAUCCGUCGUAUAUCCCUGCCUGAGUCCUUCCUGUGUGCCGAUGCGUGUCUCAUUCUGCUGAACAACAUCUCCAACGGCUUGGUCGUCAACAAGGCCGUCAUCAACCAGCGUAUCGAGCAAGAGCUUCCCUUCAUGGCUACCGAGAACGUCAUCAUGGCAAUGGUAGACAAGGGCAAGUCUCGACAAGAAGUCCACGAGGAGAUUCGUGUUCUCUCCCACCAAGCCGGCGCCGUCGUCAAGCAAGAAGGCAAACCCAACGACCUCAUCGAACGGAUACGAAACAACGCCUACUUCGAGCCCGUCAUCCCCGAACUGGAGAGUCUUCUCGACCCAGCUACAUUCAUCGGCAGAUGCCCGGAGAUCGUGCACAAGCUCGUGGCGACCAAGGUUAAGUCCGCACUCGAGCCUUACUCGGAGGAUCUGAAGAACGCUCAAGUCGCCGAGCUGAGCGUGUAG